GCCAGCUACACCCUGAUCACAUUGCCAGCUACACCCUGAUCACGUUGCCAGCUACACCCUGAUCACAUUACCAGCUACACCCUGAUCGCCAUUCCUCUUCUCAUACCCCCUCGUACAAACAGCUCACUGAAAACCAAGCCAUGUCCUCCUCAGAAGUAUUCCCUAAGACUGACUCGAAGACUCUACUCCCCUCACCACGAUCGACAUCUCAAAAGCAACUCUCCAGCCCACCAACGCCAUCAGAAGACGCCAACAUCGCUUCAUCCUCCCCCUCUUCAAGAACCUCCAUACGUAUCGUCUUACUCCUCACACUUGUCCUUUUUAUCUGCGGAUACUCAAUACUCACAUCGUCAGAGUCCCCGAUCGACCAAUUAGUUCGCUUCUUCAAACCUAUUCUCGAUACCACAUCUACAGAUUCUUCAUCGUUCAGUGUCACACCAACGAGUACCCAUAGUAGUACAGACCCCCCACCGUUCGGUGCCCCACUCUCAGACCUAUUUCCCCCUACAUCACCGACGUAUGGGCGUCAGAAGCAGCAGGACCAUCAGCGCGAGCAGACUGCAGAGCAACAAAGACGGCGACGCGAGAAACGCCAGCAUAGCCAAUUCCCCUUUGGUGACUUUUUCGGCACACAUGACGAGGAUGAUGAGAACGGCGGCCAGGACGAUCUGAAUCAGACAGGAACCAACUCCGAAGGCUGUGCUGGAUACUACUGUGCAGAUACAGAUGUCUGUGUAGACCAACCGAUCCAUUGUCCCUGCCCGUAUGAAACUGAUACAAAGUGCUUCAGGGGCGAUUGGUAUGUCUGCCACCGAGGCUGGCACGCCUGCUGAGAAUAUUUGAAGCAGGCGUGUGGCAUUUCGCUUCAGCAAAGCCAGCAAAUAAAAAAAUAGCCUGAACUUUAU